AUGCACACCGAUAGGACACCCGCACCGAGAACACAGGGGCAAGGAUUAGGGCAGCACGAAACCAAUCCACCGAAGCUCCCUACCAUUCCCAUCCCGAAUUUCGAUGGAAAAAUAUGGGAAUAUGACAACUUUUGGACGCUCUUUCAAGAUAAUUGCGCUCCGGGAGAAGCUCGUGAACUAAUAAAGCGAUACCCAGUCACAGACGACAAUUAUAUGUUGGCAAUUGAUCUCAUAAAAAAGAAGUAUGGCAACAAGGCGGAACUCGUGAGGGUACUGCAGAAACGCCUGGACAACGCGAAAGCAGACAAACCCUCGACCCAAGGGCAAAGGAAGCUACUGGAAUAUAUCAUUCCCCUGGUUAUGCAGCUACACAAAUUAGAAGUGAAUCUGGACGGCUCGUACAACACCCAAAAAGUGUUGUCCAAGUUUACACCUAGAAUCCAACGCAAGAUCCUUGAGGACUAA